ACUUCAGGACUAAAGCAUCAUUCAGGGUUCAGUUCUUUCCACUGACUCUUUGCUGACUGCGUAUAAAAGCUUUUAUUUUACCUUUAUUUUUUGUUUAUAGUUGAUUCAGGAUGUCGGAUCAGUCGGUGACAUUACCCGUGUGUAGGAGACUGACGUACGCUGUGGGUCAUUUCUUCAAUGAUCUCUGCGCGUCUAUGUGGUUCACCUAUUUGCUGGUGUUUUAUCACUCGGUUCUCGGUUUUAAGGACACAAACGCAGGUGCUCUGCUGCUGGUCGGACAGAUAGCUGAUGGGAUCUGCACUCCGCUUAUCGGCUAUGAAUCUGAUCGGACGCCAGGAUGUGGAAAAUAUGGGAAAAGAAAGACUUGGCAUUUAGUGGGAACAUUAAGUGUGUUUGCCUCAUUCCCAUUCAUAUUCAACUCCUGUAUCGGAUGUGAUGAGAAAACCCCACAGAUAUCAGGACUCAUUUACAUCAUCCCAUUCAUCAUCAUCUUCCAGUUUGGCUGGGCUGCGACUCAGAUAUCCCACCUGUCACUCAUUCCUGAGCUGGUCACCUGUGAACACGCCAAAGUAGAACUGACUUCAUACAGGUAUGCUUUCACAGUGGUGGCAAACAUCACAGUGUAUGCUGUGGCAUGGCUCUUGUUUCAUUUCCAGUCCCAACAGACAGAGGACCCAUCCAUAUCCCAGAAUCUGAGCUGGGCUGAUGUUCCCACAUUCAGAUAUCUGGCACUUACAGUAUGGGGCAUUGGUACAGUUACCUCUGUCAUUUUUCACCUGGGCACUAAAGAAGCAGUCCAGCCACAGGAGGGUGAAGAGACUGGAAAAUCUGAGGUUUCCAAUUUCUCUUCCCAAACCUCUGGAGCCCUGCUCCGAUGGAAACACUGGCUUGUCGAACCUGCCUUCUAUCAGGUUGCCUUACUAUAUAUGUGCACCAGACUGAUCGUAAACUUGUCCCAAACAUACAUCCCAAUGUAUCUGACAAACUCCUUAUCACUGCCAAAGAACUACAUUGCAACUAUUCCCCUGGUCAUGUACGUCAGCGGCUUUGUAUCUUCUCUGGUUAUGAAGCCUGUUAGCAAAUGGAUCGGCACCUCUAUGACCUAUUUUGCAGGUCUUGUGCCCAUAAUGGCAUUUUCCUUUUGGGUUUUGGUGGAUCUGAACAUGGGAUCACGGGUUUACGGAGCAGCUGUGCUGCUGGGAGCGGGAUCUGCUGUCAUUCUGGUCAUGUCUCUGUCCAUGACUGCCAAUUUAAUCGGAGAUCAGACACAAAGUGGCGCAUUUGUGUACGGUGCAAUGAGCUUCACUGAUAAGGUGGCCAACGGAUUGGGAGUCAUGAUAAUCCAGGCUUUACAUCCUUGUCAAACACUGGACUCUGACUGUAAAUGGUUUUACCACAAUGUGAUGGUGAUCGUCACUGCUGGCGUGUCUGCUGUUGCAGCUCUCUGUCUGUCUACAAUUCUCAUCUGGCCCAUUACAAUUCGCCGACGUCUAGCAGUUAUCAGAGGCCUGAUGGCUACAAAUGAAGAUGAGACGAGCUACUAUGGCAUCAAUGGAUCACUUAAUUGACAGAUUCAGCGUUAAACAAACUUCAACAUUCAGAAAUGUACGAAAGACCUGGCCACACUGCAGAGGAAGCUCUAUGUUUCCUUUUGUAACUCAACAGAAACAAGGAAGAGCUGAAAAUAUGCAGCAUGUGGUCACGAGUUCUCGCAUCAGCACUUUAGAGAUACGAGUUUCUGCAUUGUUAUCGCAUUCUCAAGAGUGUGUCAUCUUGUAAGUAUGAGUUCGGGUCUGUCACAUGGAGGGAGACAAUCUGAAAAAACAAUAACAGACACACGACACACUUUGAGAUGAGGAAGUUACUCUGCUUCCCAAACAUUUCCAAGGAUUCCACUUGCAAUGAGAAACAUACAUACUUUUGAAUAAUGUAAAGAAAAGGUGCCUUUUGGAUAGGUUUCAGAUACUGAUUUAUUUUUCUUUUUGUCUGUUAUGGAAAGUGACUGAAAUUUUACAAGGCCAAUCUGACGCAAUUCUUUUAAACUGUCCCAACAUUAGUUGCACACUAUAAUGUGUAUUUAUCAUGUGUACAGUUGCUGCACGUAUGUUUGCAGUGAAGCUUGUUUGAGCAGUCUUGACUGAAAUGUUUAAAAACAGUUUAUUUGCGAUUUGAAACACAUUUAUCUUACAAAUGAAAGUUAUUCCUGCAUAAAAGUGUGCAUUAAUGUUUGAUAAACUACAACCUUUAUUUAUUAACACAU